CGAUACAAGCAGCAGCAUUGAAUCAAAGAGCCCUGGACCGACGAGCAUUGGAGUACGUGAAUGGACGCCAAGCAACGACGUAAAUCAGAGCGCCAAUUCAGACAUUCUCAGGACAUGGAGCACCAUGCCCCUGUUUUCCUCCAGAAAACCCAAAUCGGUGGAUGGCGCACCACUGAGAAUCGACACUGUUCGAAAAGGCGAAGGAUUUGAUGAUGGAACCCUCUGGGCGCUGCUGGCAGGCAUGGUCUUGUUCGGAAGCAUACACAUUGGAGCGUGGCAUUUCGAAUUCCCAACUCAUGCCGAUAGGAUGCUGUGGAGAUGCUUGACUGUCUACUCUGUCGGAUGCGUCUUCAUCGCGCUGGUUGCGGUAUUCCUGCAGAAGGCUGCGAAGAAGGCUCGCAAGGAAGAUGCUGAUGGUCGCGUUGGGAAAGCUCUUGGCUGUUGUGGAAAGUUUCUGUAUUACACUGGCCUUUUGCUGUAUGUUGUCGCCCGGCUGGUGAUCCUUGUGGAGAUGUUCCGGACUCUUCUCUAUCUUCCUACCGACGCCUAUAUUUCCAGCCGGACACCGUAUAACUGAUUCAACAAGAUAUCCCUACUAUUUAUCAGAUCAAUAGAUUUAACAAGUCAAUGAAUUUUUGGGGUUUAGUAUAGGCUAAAUGUAGUUUGCAAGUCAGGUUAUGAGAUAUUAAUGCAAGAAUUGUUUUUGAUAAUCUC